GGUUUGUUUCUUCAGUGAGUUGGGAUGCUUUUAGCCCAAAGCUCAGGCUUUUUUGUUGUUUACCUCCUGCUCGAGAAAUGCAGCAAAUGCUGUUGGGGUUGGAGAAUGAGAGGGGUGGAGAUGGUUCGCUGUGGUUGUGCAGUGUCCUGUGGGUCUGGGCAGAAGCCUCCAGCACCCGUCAGGCAGCCCCAGCCUCCGUGGCAGAGGGCUCCCAGGGGGCAGACGGAUGCGUUGCAGUCGUUAGAUGUUUGUCCCUUCGGUCGCAGGGUAUCUCUUUAACUGAUAUGGGGUCAGUUGGAUACGAAUGUUGCUGCAGGAGAGGAAACACUGAGCUCUGAGUAUUUUCCUCGCUGUGAAGUGUUGCUGUUGCUUUUGGGCCCCAUUCAGAUGAUAGCACAGGAAUAGAUGCUGUCUUACCCCCACUUGCCCUUUGUUUACCUUGUCCACGCAGUAGCUUUGCUGUGCUGCUUUGCAGAGAAAUUGUUGUUUUGGUCCAGCUGUUGAAGUAUGAAGCAAUAACAGCAUAUUUUGCUCUGAGAGUAAAUUCUUCCUGGAGUAAAUAGAUUGUUUCUCUCAAGGUUUUUGGCCUCCAGCUGGGUUGAUUUUGGUUUAGGGCUGUCCCUGGGUUCCUUUCCCGAAAAUUGAUUCAUCUUCCACUGCAAAGCGUAAUGUUGCUGUCUGUUUGCCUUUGGGAACACUAAUUCAGCCCAUGUUUCCAAAUUGGUACAGCUGUGUGAACUUGCAGGUCCUUCAGGAGCGCUGGACACACUGCUGCGUUGGCUUUGCUGCAGAGAUGGGCAGCAUGGCAGCAGUGGGGUGAAGCUGACUGAAUGUUGCCCCUCAAGUGCUUCAAGCUGUAAAGCGUGAUAACUAGGAGAGCUGGAUCCUAUCAAAGUGUCUGCAUGUGCCUCGUGCACAGAACUGAAAAUAUGUGUUGUUAUUCUUCAAACAAAAAACAAAGUCAAGGAGAGGACUUGGAGAAAAACUGAUGUUGGUCCGUUUACAUUUCCGUGAAGUUUGAAGCCCAUCCUGCAGCCAUGGGUGUUUAUUCCUGCCUGUUGUGCCAUUCCUCCCAGCAGAAACGUCAGCUGCCCUGUCCCUGAGGAGGCAGUUGCAGCCCCUUGCUGCGGGCUGGUGUGGGUACCCUGUUUGAACCUGUGAGACUAAGGCAGCUUUGUACUGUUUCUCAUGCUCACAGCUGUGAAUAAUGGGCAUCUCUUGCACAAGAUGCUAUCACGGGGACCCUCAUUACCUUGUUCUGAGCGCUGCUGUCUGAUUUGGUAGUGUACAUUUGUUUAAAGGCUUCAGUUUACCUCUCCCUCCAUUGCCCUGCGUGGUGGCCUUGGGGGACAGUGGCUCUGUCUACGCUGCUAGUCUUUAAGCAGCUGGCCCUAGGUGUACCAGUGCUAGACACAGUGUUCAGUGCUGUGGGUGUUUUUGGGGUCUGUUGAUUUCUAGUGGCUUGGUGGAGAAGGCUCUCAGAGGAAUAUCUCGUUUUCCUGACUGCUUUUUACUGUAUUUCUUCAACAGGAAACAAAUCUCUGCCCCUCGCCAAAUGUAAUCUUAAUAAUUUUUAAGAUUUAGUUUUCUUGAGCGAUCUGUAAUAUUUUCUCACCAGUUUCUCCAAAGACAAACUUUUACAGGUGGCUAAUAUGAAGGUCACUGUAAUGGAUUGUGUUAUUUCAAGAGGGCUUUGCACAAGCAUGUGAACUUGUUUUUGUGAGAUGGCUCGGCUGCCAGAGCAGGCCUUUGUGUUUUGCUGUGGUGUCCUGGCCUGUCUGGGCUUUGCAGAGAUAAGAGCUGGUGUGGCGCUCGUCAGCGUGCAGGAGAAGCUUGCCCUCGCAAAGAGCGGAGAGCCGAUCAGCCUUGUGCUGAGAGCGAGCCCUUGGUGUGGGAACGUGGACUCCUGUGUUGGGUCUGGAGAGCAGGCAUGUGGGGAGGCUGCUCGCAACCUCAGUGGUUGGAUGUCUCACUGGGUAAGACUUUGGGGGAGCCAAGAGGGCUUCUUUCAUUGCUCCUACAAGCAGCAGUGAGUGCAUUUCUCCUCUUUCACCCCCAAUUUCCUGCUUGGGACAGUGGAAUCAACCUCUGGUGUUUGUGAUUCCAGCCAGGCAGAGGCAGAGUGGUUGUUGGGGGCCAACAAGUGCUGUCAAAGGUUGAGAAGAUAAUCAGGGUGAGUGGUCUAAAUGCAGUCAAGCAGCAGUGUUUGCUGUGGGCAUGGUGUUGGUGCCAGUGCGUGCAGGGUUUGUGCAGUGGGUUCUCAGCACCCUAAAACCCUGUGAAAGCAGAGUUGCCCUUCACCGCGGGAUUGGUGUCAGUGUCAGUGCCUGCAUUGCCAAGCGUGGUGGUGGUGGGACCAAAAUCCUGUAGGGAAGUGCAGGGCCCUGCAGAGCAGUGAGCUGUAAGUGCUGUUCUGGGCAGCACCUGUCCCAGCCAGCCUCCAGCCAUCAUCAGGCACAGCCUGCUGGAAUAACAGCGCUGGGAAAGCUGACCAAACUGGCAGCAAAUGGGGAAAACUGUGGUGCUGUGGGUGUCAGCUUGUGACAUGAGGAGACUCUGAUUUUGCUUUCUAAUAUCUCAGGCUGGUGCAAUAUGUUUUCCUUGUGAUAGGACAAUGCCUUCAACUUUCCCUUAUAUGGGAAAAUCUGGGAUGCAGCCUAGCAAUCCGCCAAUAUGUGGCUAAUAAUUUUUAGCAUUGUUGUGUUGGAUGUGUCAAGUCAUCCUAAGAAUUAGGAUGUCCCACCUGGGACACUGUGGCUAGUCUUUAAUGUUUGAGGCAGAUCCCUGGCAGAUACCUGGGGAAAGCUUAUGGCUGCGCCCUAGGGAAUGCCUGAGCGCACUCGGCUCUUCGGGAAGUCAGCUAAAAGCUGGGAGAGUUUGUGCCUGGACAUAGGGCUCCUGCCCUGCAGCUCCUGCCCUGCGCCGCACUGGGGCCCAGCGCUCAGAGAGCCGCUGACCUUAAAAACGCUGAGCCUCUCCCCAAUGUCGUCUGCCUGGGAGUGCAAGACACAGGACACCUUUGCCAGCAGCGAGGAGCAGGACGAGGUGCCCCACCAGGUGACAGUGACGGGCACGAACACGGGCAGCCAGUGCCAGUGCCCAAAGGAGGAGCCCGGUGGGGCUCCCCAGAAGCGGACGAGCACCCAGAAUGGGAUGCAGGACAGUGGGGGCGGGGGCACAGGGGUGAAGAAGAAACGGAAGAAAAAGGAUCUGGGAGAGCAGGAAGGGGGAGAUAAAGCAGCUGUGGAGGUGAAACCAAAGAGGAGGAGAGAACCUAAAGAACCAAAAGAGCCUAAAAAGGCGAAGGAGUCCAAGAAGCCGAAGGAGCCCAAACAGAGGGAGGUGGCCAAGAAGCCUCGCAAACCUCGGGAACCCAAAGCCCCAAAGGAGCCUAAAGACAAGAAGAGCAGCGCUGAGCCUGCCCCCAGAGCAAGACCCAAGAAGAGCAGCAAGGACACCCCUGUGGAGAAGAAGAAGAAAGGGAAGAGGAAAAAUGAGGUACCAGCGAACAGUUUGGAUUUGGAUCAGGAUCUGCUGAGUCCAUCCGUACAGAGCCCAGAGGAGUCUGCGGAGUCAGCUGACAGCCAGAAACGACGCUCCGGACGGCAGGUGAAGAGGAGGAAGUACAAUGAGGACCUGGAUUUCAAGGUUGUGGAUGAUGACGGCGAGACAAUCGCUGUGCUGGGAGCUGGGCGAACCUCCGCGCUCUCUGCCUCUACUCUGGCAUGGCAGGCGGAGGAGCCUCCUGAGGAUGAUGCCAAUAUCAUUGAGAAGAUCCUUGCCUCCAGGAUGGUGCAGAAGGAGGCUCAUCCUGGAGGCCUGGCAUUUGAGACGGAGGAGUUCUACGUCAAGUACAGGAACUUCUCCUAUCUCCACUGUAAGUGGGCAACUCUGGAGGAGCUGGAGAAGGACCCCAGGAUCUCCCAGAAGAUAAAGCGCUUCCGGAACAAGCAGGCUCAGAUGAAACAUAUUUUUACAGAGCCUGAUGAGGAUUUGUUCAACCCGGACUACGUGGAGGUAGAUCGAAUUCUGGAGGUGGCUCACACGAAGGACCCAGACACUGGGGAGGAGGUGACUCACUACCUGGUGAAGUGGUGCUCGCUGCCCUACGAGGAGAGUACCUGGGAGCUGGAGGAGGAUGUUGACCCAGGGAAGAUUAAAGAGUUUGAAGCCCUCCAGAUCCCUCCUGAAAUCAAGCACAUGGUAACGUACCCAGAGGAGCGCCCAGCAUCUGAGUCCUGGCAGAAACUGGAGAAGUCCCGAGAGUACAAGAACAGCAACCAGCUGCGGGAGUAUCAACUGGAGGGAAUGAACUGGCUGCUCUUUAACUGGUAUAACAGGAAGAACUGCAUCCUGGCUGAUGAGAUGGGGCUGGGGAAGACAAUCCAGUCAAUCACGUUCCUCUCAGAGAUAUUCCUGAUGGGCAUUCAUGGCCCCUUCCUCAUCAUCGCUCCUCUCUCCACCAUCACGAACUGGGAGCGGGAGUUCCGCACGUGGACGGAGAUGAACGCCAUCGUGUACCACGGCAGCCAGAUCAGCCGCCAGAUGAUCCAGCAGUACGAGAUGGUGUACAGGGACACACAGGGUAACCCUCUCCCUGGGAUCUUCAAGUUCCAGGUGGUUAUCACCACCUUUGAGAUGAUCCUUGCUGACUGCCCGGAGCUGAAGAAGAUCCAGUGGCGCUGUGUGGUCAUUGACGAGGCACAUCGCCUGAAGAACAGGAACUGCAAACUCCUGGAGGGGCUGAAGCUCAUGGCCCUGGAGCACAAGGUUCUGCUGACAGGGACUCCCCUGCAGAACUCGGUGGAGGAACUCUUCAGCCUCCUAAAUUUCCUGGAGCCACAGCAGUUUCCCUCAGAGACAGCCUUCCUGGAGGAGUUUGGAGACCUGAAGACAGAGGAGCAGGUGAAGAAGCUGCAGUCCAUCCUGAAGCCCAUGAUGCUGCGACGGCUGAAGGAUGAUGUAGAGAAGAAUCUGGCACCCAAACAGGAGACCAUCAUUGAGGUGGAGCUGACCAAUAUCCAGAAGAAAUACUACCGGGCCAUCCUGGAGAAGAACUUCUCCUUCCUCUCCAAGGGUGCCAACCAGCACAAUAUGCCCAACCUCAUCAACACCAUGAUGGAGCUGCGCAAGUGCUGCAAUCACCCCUACCUCAUCAAUGGGGCAGAGGAGAAGAUCCUGGAAGACUUCCGUAAAACACACAGCCCAGAGGCACCAGACUUCCAGCUGCAGGCAAUGAUCCAGGCAGCCGGGAAGCUGGUGCUCAUUGAUAAGCUGCUUCCCAAGCUGAUCGCUGGUGGGCACAAGGUGCUCAUCUUCUCACAGAUGGUGCGCUGCCUCGACAUCCUGGAAGACUAUCUCAUCCAGAGGCGAUACACCUACGAGCGCAUCGACGGGCGGGUGCGCGGGAACCUGCGCCAGGCUGCCAUUGACCGCUUCUGCAAGCCCGACUCGGAUCGCUUCGUGUUUCUGCUGUGCACGCGGGCAGGGGGGCUGGGCAUCAACCUGACGGCUGCUGACACCUGCAUCAUCUUCGACUCAGACUGGAACCCACAGAACGACCUGCAGGCUCAAGCUCGCUGCCACCGGAUCGGGCAGAGCAAGGCGGUGAAGGUCUAUCGCCUCAUCACCAGGAACUCCUACGAGCGGGAGAUGUUUGACAAGGCCAGCCUGAAGCUGGGCCUGGAUAAGGCUGUGCUGCAGGACAUCAACCGCAAGGGCAGCACCAACGGGGUUCAGCAGCUCUCCAAGAUGGAGGUGGAGGACCUGCUGCGGAAGGGUGCCUAUGGCGCACUCAUGGAUGAGGAGGACGAAGGGUCGAAGUUCUGUGAGGAAGACAUUGAUCAGAUCCUCCAGCGCAGGACACAGACCAUCACAAUCCAGUCUGAGGGCAAGGGCUCCACCUUUGCCAAGGCCAGCUUUGUAGCAUCAGGAAACAGAACUGACAUUUCCUUAGACGACCCCAACUUCUGGCAGAAGUGGGCCAAGAUAGCAGAGCUCGAUACAGACGCCAAGAACGAAAAGGAGAGCCUGGUCAUCGACAGACCCCGGGUACGGAAGCAAACCAAACACUACAACUCCUUCGAAGAGGACGAGCUGAUGGAGUUCUCUGAGCUGGACAGUGACUCGGACGAGCGACCGACGCGCUCGCGGCGCUUUAACGAGAAGACGCGGCGGUACCUGCGGGCUGAGUGCUUCCGCGUGGAGAAGAACCUGCUCAUAUUUGGCUGGGGACGCUGGAAAGAUAUCCUAACCCAUGGGCGGUUCAAGUGGCACCUGAAUGAGAAGGACAUGGAGAUGAUUUGUCGGGCCUUGCUGGUGUAUUGCGUCAAACACUACAAGGGGGAUGAGAAGAUUAAGAGUUUUAUCUGGGAUCUCAUCACGCCGACGAAGGAUGGCCAGAACCAGGCUCUGCAGAAUCACUCAGGUAGUUUGUCAGCACCAGUGCCCAGAGGCAGGAAGGGGAAGAAGACAAAGAACCAGAUGCUGCUUCCCGAGAUAAAGAACGCGGACUGGCUCGCCACCUGCAACCCCGAGGUGGUCCUACAUGAUGACAGCUACAAGAAGCACCUCAAACAGCACUGCAACAAGGUUCUGCUGCGGGUGCGAAUGCUCUACUACCUGAAGGCUGAAGUGCUGGGGGAGGCUGCGGAUAAAGCCUUUGAGGGGACCCCUGCCAGGGAGCUGGACGUGCUGCUGCCAGACAUUGACUACGUGGAGAUCCCAGUGGACUGGUGGAACGCCGAAGCUGAUAAAUCCCUGCUCAUCGGUGUCUUCAAACACGGGUACGAGCGGUACAACGCCAUGCGGGCGGACCCGGCGCUGUGCUUCCUGGAGAAGGUGGGCAUGCCAGACGAGAAGCUGCUCUCUGCCGAGCAGGGCGUCAGCGACGGGGCACAGGACGCUGCUGAAAGGGGCAGCGUGGAAAAGGAAGAGAGCAAUGGAGAAAAGCUGGAGGGGCUGCCAAAACAGGAGGACAUCGUGGCUGCUGGGGUGGGUGAAGCCAGUGAGAAGCGGGACGAGCCAGCGGCAGCCCAGGAUGGCUCUGACUCAGACAGAUCCUGCUGGCCUGUCUCCUCUGCUCUCACGGCCAGACUGCGGCGACUCGUCACCGUCUACCAGCGCUGCAACCGCAAGGAGCUGCCUCCCCGCGCCGAGAUGCUGGUGCCUGGUAACCAUGGCUACUGGCUGCAGGACGAGAUGUUCCGGAGAGCCUCUGAGGUGGACUCGGUGAACAAAGAAAUGCAGAAAAGGUGGACCAGGAGGGAGCAGGCAGAUUUCUACCGCACUGUCUCCUCCUUUGGGGUUAUCUAUGACCAGGAGAAAAAGAUCUUUGACUGGUCCCAGUUCCGAGCCAUCUCUCGACUGGAGAAGAAGACGGAUGAGAGCCUGGAGAAGUACUUCUACAGCUUCGUGGCCAUGUGCAAGAAUGUCUGUGGUCUCCCUCUGUGGAAAGAGGAUGGUCCUCCGGACCCCGACAUCUACGUGGAGCCCAUCACAGAGGAACGUGCUGCCAGGACCCUCUACCGCAUCGAGCUGCUGCGGAAGGUGCGUGAGCAGGUGCUCAAGUGCCCCCAGCUCCACGAGCGGCUCAAGCUGUGCCGGCCGAGCCUCUACCUGCCGGUGUGGUGGGAGUGUGGCAAACACGACCGGGACCUGCUGAUCGGCACCGCCAAGCACGGCCUGAACCGCACCGACUACUACAUCAUGAAUGACCCCCAGCUGUCUUUUUUAGAUGCAUACAGGAACUAUGCCCAGCAUAAAAGAACAGGGCUCCCAGGCCCAGAAACCCUGUGCUGCCUUUACCAGACUAAUUCCAAACUCUACAGUUCCCCUCUGUACAGCCAGGUGGACCGGACCUGCGAAACCCUGGAGAAUGAAGCUGAGAGUCAGAUCAAGCUGGAAGCUGUGGACAGCACCAUGUCCCAGGCCGGAGGCAGCACACCAGAUGCAAACUGUGAAACAUUCAUGUCUGAAGUCCGGGACAUCAUUUCCAGUAACUACGAUGAGAGCUCGCUGCCGGAGUCGUUGGUGUGCAUGAUGUACGACGAGAAGGGCUGUCACAGCGAGCAGAGCUCCCUCGCCAGAGACAGCCCAAACUGCACAGAGGUUGGAAGCAGUGUUGCCAAACUCUCCGAGGGCAAGCUGGAGGGGGAUGAGGAUCCAUCCAGCUGCGAUGCAGACACCAUGAGAGAGGUUCCCUUCCUCAAGGGUUUGCAGGUGGGCUCUGACCGAAUGGACAGUCAGAACGAGGAAGCUGAGCCUUCACCUUCCACCCCUGAGAGCAACCGUUCACAGAGCGUCCCGGCCGAGCUUGGCAAAGCCUUGGAGCAGAAGGGAGCCCUCACCAGCCCGGUGACAGGGCUGCCCGAGCACGGCACCGUGGAAAGGGUCCUGAGCAUGGGGCUCUACGGUCCCAGUCUCCAUAACUAUGAACUAAAAGUUCCUCCUGAGCAGAGGUUCAUCAGUCUGCUGCAGGAAAAAGGAAUGGAGGCGAAGUCGGCGCCAAGUCAGAGCCACAGUGAGGAAGAUGAGGAGGAAGAAGAGGAUGAUGAUAACUCUGAGGCAGCAGCAGAUGCUGUGGAUGGCUUGAGUGGUCCCAGGACCAGGGCCAAUUGUGACCCUGAGGCUAAUGAACUGGGGGGUGAGGAGCAGAGCUCUGGCCUCCCCACACCCGAGGACACUUGCCCAGAAGAUGUGAGUGGCGAGAAGGAGCCCCUGGGACCGGGGGAGCCUGGGCCAGAAGGCAGGGAGGACCGUGGCUUGGAUGAGGAGAGCACUGGGCAGCACUCACCAGGCCAGGCUCAGAGCCAGCCCUUCAGCCUGCCCACGCCUCUGCUGGGGACCUCGGGUACAGAGCCCCCCCAUGCCAGGGGGGACUCCUGGGGCCGAGGGGCAGGCUGCACAGAGGUCCCACACACUGAGCCCCAGCGUGUGAAGCAAGAAGAGUGUGAGAACAGAGAUGAAGGGGAGAAAGCCAGCAGCAGCCAGGGCCGAGAUGGUCCAGAGAAGUACUUAGAGGAAGAGAACAAGAGUUCUGCUUCUGUCCUGCCCGGGGAGAUCGAUGACCUUCAGGAUGCCCGAGCACCGACCAUUGCCCAGCUGCUGCAGGAGAAGACACUUUACUCCUUCUCUGAGUGGCCUAAGGACCGUGUGAUCAUCAACCGCAUUGACAACAUCUGCCACGCCAUCCUAAAGGGCAAGUGGCCUUCCUCCAGCCAGCAGUUUGAGGCACAGAGCCUGCUGACAGCCCCAGCCGUGGCCAGCAACGCCGGCAGCAGGAGCAGCUUUGCUGAGUCAGAAGCCCCUGAUCCCAGCUUCAGUAACGGGGUGUUACUCUCACAGGUACAAAAGGAAGGUUUCCUGAGCCCUGCCUUCACAAAAGACGAGCGGAAACACAGGAGACCAUAUGAAUUUGAGAUAGAGAGAGAUGCGAAACAGAGGAGCCUGGAGCAGCUGGCGGCAGCCCACGUCCAUUCACCCAUUGUGCUGAACGGCUGGCGUGAGGCAGCGGUGGACUUGUCCAGAGCCUCUGAUGGGUCCCCAGGGAACUCUUCUCCUUUCCCCCUGAACACAAACAUGCCCAAAUUGGGGACUGUGAAUGCCCUCCAGGGCUCCCUGGGCAUGGACUUGUCUGGCAUCCUACAGGCAGGGUUAAUCCAUCCUGUCACGGGACAGAUUGUAAAUGGCAGCCUGCGAAGAGAUGAUGCUGCCAUGAGGAGGAGACGGGGCAGGAGGAAAAAUGUCGAAGGGAUGGACCUCAUCUUCUUGAAGGAGAGGCCUCUUCCAAACAGGCUGCAGGAUGUUCAGGAAGACCAGCCGCAGCCCCCUCAGAACAGUCCUCUCCCUGAUGGGCCAGUUGCUGCUACCUCGGCUCCACAGCCAGUCCCAGCUGCAGGCGGCCAAGAGAAGACUGUCCCCAAUAAGAGUCUCCUCGACUGGCUCCGGCAGCAGUCUGACUACACACUUGAUGUUCCUGGCUUUGGCACAAAUUUUUCAGACAAGCCCAAGCAGAGGAGGCAGCGCUGCAAGGACCCCAGCAAAUUGGACAUUAGCUCACUGACGGGAGAGGAGCGGGUGCCGGUGGUACAUAAGGGUACCGGACGGCGGUUAGGGGGAGCCACAGCACCAGCAUUGAAGGAAUUGCCAAGGUGGCUUGAUGCAAACUUGGAGUAUGCUGUUGCAGCUGACUGGGCUGACAUUGUUAAGCUUUCAGGCUACUUACCCGAAAACAAAUUCAAUCGCGUCCUCACCGAGCCCGUGCUCCGGGACACGGGGCCGCGCCGGAGAGGGAGGAGGCCCCGAAGCGAACUCCUUAAGGGCCCCGGUGUUGUAGCAGAUUCUUCUUCUGGAAUGGGACCAUUGUUCAUGAACGGACUCAUUGCUGGGAUGGAUCUAGUGGGACUUCAGAACAUGAGAAACAUGCAGGGGAUCCCUCUGACCGGGCUGGUCGGGUUUCCUGCUGGCUUUGCAGCAGUGCCCGCUGGGGAGGAUGUGAAGAGCACCCUGAGUAUGUUGCCCAUGAUGCUGCCGGGCAUGGCUACUGUACCCCAGAUGUUUGGCGUUGGAGGACUUCUCAAUUCCCCCAUGACAACGACUUGUACUGCGACUGCUCCGACUUCGUUAACAAGCACAACGAAAGGUGGCACAGCCAGCGCCGAGAAAGCCAAUGAGGAGAAACAGGGCAGCCAGGAUGGGAAAAAAGAACCUCUCGCCGAAGACAAGCCUGGUCCUAGUUCAUUUUCUAAUCAGACAGAAUCCGCAAUAACUACCAGUAGUCCUGUAGCUUUUAACCCAUUUCUUAUCCCAGGGAUGUCUCCUGGACUGAUCUAUCCCUCCAUGUUCCUCUCCCCCGGCAUCGGCAUGGCGCUGCCUGGCAUCCAGCAAACCAGGCACUCGGAGGCGGCGAACCUGGAGAGCCAGAAGCGGAAGAGGAAGAAAGCAAAAGGGGAAUCGGCAAAUCCAGAGCCAGAAACUGUCUCACUGCCGGAAAAAGAAGCUGCCAACAGUCAAAACUGUGUGGAGCAGAGCCCGCCGGCGGCGGCAGAGAAGGAGCAGGAUGGACCAGCAGAGGAGGAGCGCCAGGCGGCUCACCAUACUGAUUAGAACUUUUGUUUCAUUGGAAAAAAAAAAAAAAACACAAAAAGAUUGUGGCUUGUGAGUUUCUUAUCCCAUAAACUCUUUGUUACUUCCCCUCCCACCCUGCUCCACUUUCAUAAACCUGUGUUUCCAUGAGUAAUAUUAUCUACCUAAUUUCCUGUCAGAAAAAACUCUGGUGACAUACUACAUGUUAAUAGUUGCAGGGUCUUGCCACUUUAUUAGAUAAACAGUGUUGUCUAGCUAGUAUGGGAGGCACCGAAUUCUCGUUCUGUUUUUCCAGUUGUUCAUCCCAGCCGACGAUAGCAAAUCCAGUACUCGGUCACCCCCCCCAAAUUGCUCACUCCUUUGAGAAGAAAAAGCAGCAAAAAAAACAAGAGCAAAAGAAAAGUCUUUACCUCUUGGUCUACAUGCAGACAAGGGUAUUUCUGUCUACAGCAACACUGAACGAAAAGCCUGUAUUUGGGCUAAAAGCACAGCUAUAGUAAGUGCUAAUGUGUAUUUUUGAUUUAAAGUAUUUCCCUAUUUUAUCAUGGUUACUAGAAUAGUAGUAUAGACAGAAAUAUAUAACUAAUGAUUGAAAAUGCAUAUAUUCAUUUCUUUGAAAGGAAAAGCAUAACUGGUAGUGAUAUAAUUUCUUGAUCACCCCCACCUCAAAGGUUUGGAGACAAACCGCAGAGAGUGAAAAGACGAUGUAGACAUUCUUUUGUAUUUUUUAAAACCAAAGUUUGGUUUUAUGUUACGUGGAGUUUAGUUGCCCUUUCUUUGUUAGUUACAAGAACUUUUCAGCUUGAGCUGGAAAGGUUUUGCACACUUGCAUGACUUUUCUGGGGUUACUGUACCUGUAGCUACCAGUUCCUUUGUCAUUCUGCUAGUCUUCAGUUCUCCUCUCUGGCGUUAGUUCUCAGCUAUGGCAUUACAGGUGCUCUAAAGGUAUUUUUUCCAGCCGUGAACAGGCCACGCCAAUUUUAAUGCUCUUAUAUGAACACUGAGGCUUUUUGAGUUUUUAUAUUCCUCACUCCUUACCCCAGAAGUGAUGUCCUUUCAGCAAACACAGAGAAGGCUGUAGGCCAGCUUCUCUCUUUGGGGAGUCCUCUGAGAAGGAGCCUUGAGACUUUUAGAGCUUGAGUUUCUUCCUUUCUAGCGUUGGACUGUGAAGAGAUGAUUUGGCUUCUUCCCAUUCCGUUUGCUGUUGAACAGUAUUUCCAAUCCCCCAAAGGAUUUCAGUGUCUGCAUUUCAUACAGACGGGUUUUAAUGCUGCCAGCCCCCCCGCCCCCAGCUCUGGGUACUGAGACUCCUCCACAGGCAACUCUUCUGAUUUCUCCUUUCCCUCACUCCUCCUUUAAUUCUUCUUUUCACUUGGGGUUGUGUUUAUUUGCAGCUCAUGGUCUGAGACUUGAAUAAAGCUGCAGUGGUGCAGCGGUGAGCGAAGGGCAGGCUGGGAGGGAGUUGGAGUGUGUGCUACUCAUCGGUUUCACACUUGGUUGUCACAAUUUACUGUAUUUUUUACUUUUUUUUCUGUUGCAGUUUUGCUAAUUUAUCAGAUGGUCCAAAUGUUUUGACAUAACUAUUUCAGUUUGCAUUAUUUAUUUAUGAUGCUUUUUGUCAUUGUCUUUUAUACAUUUGCGAUUAUAAAUUAUGUACAUGUUAAAAUUAGCAUCUCAAAGAAGUCUGUUACCCAUGGUCAAAAAAAGCAGUUGGUUUAUAUUUUCACAGAAUUUAUUCCCAGUUUACUGGAUUGGAUGAUUUUUUUUAAAGUAUGUAACCAAUCAUAAUGCAACCCCUCUGGAUAAUUAAAUGUGUUCUAUUUAAUAACAGUCUUGUAGCAUAGAUACUGUAUCACUAUUGACAGAUUUCUUAGAAAUGCUGCUAUCUCUAUUUAACUAACAUUUUGUUCAGUUUUUGCCUCCAGUGGAAGCAGAAAGGGUUUUUUCAGCUGUUAAAUCCAAAAUCAAUAUAAUUUAUUUAUGUAAAAAAAAAAAGUCACGAUUGAUAUAUUUUUGAACCUUUUAAGUACUAACUUUGUUUUUAUUCAGUGGAAGAACAUGUACUUGCCCUAAAUCCUUAAAAUACAAAUGCUAUAAAACUUCAUAUAUCCUCAAAGCCUUACUGUGAAUGGAUAUAGAAAUCUCUUCCGAGUUCAUUUCUUGUUAAGGGAUGGUUUUUCCAGGGUUACACGCGUAAGGAACAGGGUUUAAAGUGAAAUUUAUUUAAUUAGCCAGCAUGCUCUAUACCUUGUUCUUUCUUAGCAGACAUGUAUGCUAUGUCUCUGGGUGUUUAGGCUUCUCUUUGCUACUUUGUGACCCUUUUGCAACCCGGUAUACUCUGUGGAUUAUUUAGACUGUAAGGCGUAAGUGGCUGCUUCUUCUUUUCCAUCAUAUCCCAAACGAACGCCAAAUUUUCACCGGUUUUCAUGGCUACUCACACACAUACAUCCUUCACCAAAUGUGCUAACAAAAUAAACUGUCUGUGCUCUUGAACAUGGAUAAAAAGAAAAAGAUUUAAAAGUCAGAUUUUUAUUUUUUUAAUUUAGUGACUAGAUGAUGCUUAUCUUUCAGACUUGGCAGAGCCUUGCUACAGAUGUAUAUAAUUUUUUUCAGCAAAUAUAUGUGAAUGUUUAAUUCACCUGA